AUGGUUCAACAGGUGCUCUACCGGGCCCUGGUCUCCACCAAGUGGCUGGCGGAGUCCCUCCGGUCAGGCAAGCUGGGCCCCAGCCUGAGGGUGCUGGACGCGUCCUGGUACUCACCGGGCACUCGUGAGGCCCGCAAGGAGUACCGAGAGCGCCAUGUGCCGGGUGCCUCCUUCUUUGAUAUAGAGGAGUGCCGGGACACGGCUUCGCCCUACGAAAUGAUGCUGCCCAGCGAGGAGCACUUCGGAGACUACGUGGGCCGCCUGGGCAUCAGCAACGACACGCAUGUGGUGGUAUAUGAUGGUGACAACCUGGGCAGCUUUUAUGCUCCCAGAGUCUGGUGGAUGUUCCGAGUGUUUGGCCACCGCACUGUGUCAGUGCUCAAUGGUGGCUUCCGGAACUGGCUGAAGGAGGGCCACCCGGUGACGUCUGAGCCCUCACACCCAGAGCCAGCCAUAUUCAAAGCCACUCUGGACCGCUCCCUGCUCAAGACCUAUGAGCAGGUACUGGAGAACCUGGAAUCUAGAAGGUUCCAGCUGGUGGAUUCACGAUCCCAAGGGCGGUACUCUGGCACUGAGCCAGAGCCAGAUGCAGUAGGGCUGGAUUCCGGCCACAUCCGCGGCUCGGUCAACAUGCCCUUCAUGGACUUCCUGACGGCGGACGGCUUCGAGAAGAGCCCCGAGGAGCUGCGCGCCAUGUUCCAGGGCAAGAAGGUGGACCUGUCCAAGCCCCUCAUCGCCACCUGCCGCAAGGGUGUCACCGCCUGCCACAUUGCCCUGGCCGCCUACCUCUGCGGCAAGCCCGACGUGGCCGUCUAUGAUGGCUCCUGGUCCGAGUGGUUCCGCCGGGCGCCCCCCGAGACCCGCGUGUCCCAGGGGAAGGGCGGCAAGGCCUGAGCCCGGCCUCUCCUGGGGCACCGGCUCCGGCCAGGUCAGGGGUCCCGUGUGACCCACGGCUGGUCCCUAGCCAGGCAGGUGGACGCGGUUUUUAGAAUUGCCCUUCCCCCACACUGGAAUAAAGCGCCUUUUCCAGA